AUGGGAUCCGGCGUCAUAGCCGAGUCACACCCCCUGCCCCCUCAUGCCAUCCGCUCCCCCCGCCCCUACCCUCUGCGUGCCCGCUCCCUCGCCGCCUCUUUUGACCCUCCCUGCCCCCCUCGCCGUUACCCACCGCUCGCCAUUCGCUCCUCCCCGCCCGUGCCCUCCCCUCGUUUACCUUCGCCUCCCCCCUCCCCUCCUCUGCUGCACGCCUCUUCCUUCCCCUCGCUAACCCACUCCACUCCCUGCCCCUCCCCAAUCCGCACCCUGCCCCUCGUUUCUCGCCCCCCUAUGCUUGGUUUCUCCCCUCCCUGCCCCUCGCCGCCUUUCUCCGCUCCCCACCUCCCCCCUCUCCCUGCCCCCCCACUCUCCUCCACUUGCCCUUGGCUUCCCACCUCCCUGCCCCACCUUUCCCCCCUCCGUGUGCUCAGCUUCUCCCCUCCCUGCCUCUCCCUCCUCCCCGCCCUGCCCCUCAUUUUCCGCCCCCCCACGCCCGGUUUCUCCCCUCCCUGCACCUCCCUUUCUUUCUCCGUGCCUCUCCUUUGCUCCCUCCCUGCCCCCGCCUGCCCAUGCCCCUGUCUUUGGUUUCUCCCCUCCCUGCCCCACGUUUCUUCCCUCCCUGAGAUCACCUUGUACCCCCUCUGCCCCUCCCUUGUUCUCCCCGCACCCAUUGCUUCUCCCCUCCCUGCCCUUGAUUUCCCGCACCCCUGCCCUUGUUUCCUACCAUCCAUGCCCCUCGUUUCCCCUCUUUGUACGUUCACCCUCUUCCCUCCCUGCCCCUCCCUUCCUCCCCCCCUGCCCUUUGCUUUCCCCUCCCCCUGCCCGUUGCUGCCCCUCCCCUUGCCCCCUCAACUCCCCUGCCCCCCGUACACCCCACUCCCGUCCAACCGCCCCCACCCUCCCCCGGCUGCCCGUUUCCGCUCUCCACCCCCGCGACCGUGUGCGGCUUCCAACCGCCCAACGGUGUCACACCCCCUGCCCCCUCAUGCCAUCCGCUCCCCCCGCCCCUACCCUCCGCGUGCCCGCUCCCUCGCCGCCUCUUUUGACCCUCCCUGCCCCCCUCGCCGUUACCCACCGCUCGCCAUUCGCUCCUCCCCGCCCGUGCCCUCCCCUCGUUUACCUUCGCCUCCCCCCUCCCCUCCUCUGCUGCACGCCUCUUCCUUCCCCUCGCUAACCCACUCCACUCCCUGCCCCUCCUCAAUCCGCACCCUGCCCCUCGUUUCUCGCCCCCCUACGCUUGGUUUCUCCCCUCCCUGCCCCUCGCCGCCUUUCUCCGCUCCCCACCUCCCCCCUCUCCCUGCCCCCCCACUCUCCUCCACUUGCCCUUGGCUUCCCACCUCCCUGCCCCACCUUUCCCCCCUCCGUGUGCUCAGCUUCUCCCCUCCCUGCCUCUCCCUCCUCCCCGCCCUGCCCCUCAUUUUCCGCCCCCCCACGCCCGGUUUCUCCCCUCCCUGCACCUCCCUUUCUUUCUCCGUGCCUCUCCUUUGCUCCCUCCCUGCCCCCGCCUGCCCAUGCCCCUGUCUUUGGUUUCUCCCCUCCCUGCCCCACGUUUCUUCCCUCCCUGAGAUCACCUUGUACCCCCUCUGCCCCUCCCUUGUUCUCCCCGCACCCAUUGCUUCUCCCCUCCCUGCCCUUGAUUUCCCGCACCCCUGCCCUUGUUUCCUACCAUCCAUGCCCCUCGUUUCCCCUCUUUGUACGUUCACCCUCUUCCCUCCCUGCCCCUCCCUUCCUCCCCCCCUGCCCUUUGCUUUCCCCUCCCCCUGCCCGUUGCUGCCCCUCCCCUUGCCCCCUCAACUCCCCUGCCCCCCGUACACCCCACUCCCGUCCAACCGCCCCCACCCUCCCCCGGCUGCCCGUUUCCGCUCUCCACCCCCGCGACCGUGUGCGGCUUCCAACCGCCCAACGGUGUCACACCCCCUGCCCCCUCAUGCCAUCCGCUCCCCCCGCCCCUACCCUCCGCGUGCCCGCUCCCUCGCCGCCUCUUUUGACCCUCCCUGCCCCCCUCGCCGUUACCCACCGCUCGCCAUUCGCUCCUCCCCGCCCGUGCCCUCCCCUCGUUUACCUUCGCCUCCCCCCUCCCCUCCUCUGCUGCACGCCUCUUCCUUCCCCUCGCUAACCCACUCCACUCCCUGCCCCUCCUCAAUCCGCACCCUGCCCCUCGUUUCUCGCCCCCCUACGCUUGGUUUCUCCCCUCCCUGCCCCUCGCCGCCUUUCUCCGCUCCCCACCUCCCCCCUCUCCCUGCCCCCCCACUCUCCUCCACUUGCCCUUGGCUUCCCACCUCCCUGCCCCACCUUUCCCCCCUCCGUGUGCUCAGCUUCUCCCCUCCCUGCCUCUCCCUCCUCCCCGCCCUGCCCCUCAUUUUCCGCCCCCCCACGCCCGGUUUCUCCCCUCCCUGCACCUCCCUUUCUUUCUCCGUGCCUCUCCUUUGCUCCCUCCCUGCCCCCGCCUGCCCAUGCCCCUGUCUUUGGUUUCUCCCCUCCCUGCCCCACGUUUCUUCCCUCCCUGAGAUCACCUUGUACCCCCUCUGCCCCUCCCUUGUUCUCCCCGCACCCAUUGCUUCUCCCCUCCCUGCCCUUGAUUUCCCGCACCCCUGCCCUUGUUUCCUACCAUCCAUGCCCCUCGUUUCCCCUCUUUGUACGUUCACCCUCUUCCCUCCCUGCCCCUCCCUUCCUCCCCCCCUGCCCUUUGCUUUCCCCUCCCCCUGCCCGUUGCUGCCCCUCCCCUUGCCCCCUCAACUCCCCUGCCCCCGUACACCCCACUCCCGUCCAACCGCCCCCACCCUCCCCCGGCUGCCCGUUUCCGCUCUCCACCCCCGCGACCGUUCACACCCCCUGCCCCCUCAUGCCAUCCGCUCCCCCCGCCCCUACCCUCCGCGUGCCCGCUCCCUCGCCGCCUCUUUUGACCCUCCCUGCCCCCCUCGCCGUUACCCACCGCUCGCCAUUCGCUCCUCCCCGCCCGUGCCCUCCCCUCGUUUACCUUCGCCUCCCCCCUCCCCUCCUCUGCUGCACGCCUCUUCCUUCCCCUCGCUAACCCACUCCACUCCCUGCCCCUCCUCAAUCCGCACCCUGCCCCUCGUUUCUCGCCCCCCUACGCUUGGUUUCUCCCCUCCCUGCCCCUCGCCGCCUUUCUCCGCUCCCCACCUCCCCCCUCUCCCUGCCCCCCCACUCUCCUCCACUUGCCCUUGGCUUCCCACCUCCCUGCCCCACCUUUCCCCCCUCCGUGUGCUCAGCUUCUCCCCUCCCUGCCUCUCCCUCCUCCCCGCCCUGCCCCUCAUUUUCCGCCCCCCCACGCCCGGUUUCUCCCCUCCCUGCACCUCCCUUUCUUUCUCCGUGCCUCUCCUUUGCUCCCUCCCUGCCCCCGCCUGCCCAUGCCCCUGUCUUUGGUUUCUCCCCUCCCUGCCCCACGUUUCUUCCCUCCCUGAGAUCACCUUGUACCCCCUCUGCCCCUCCCUUGUUCUCCCCGCACCCAUUGCUUCUCCCCUCCCUGCCCUUGAUUUCCCGCACCCCUGCCCUUGUUUCCUACCAUCCAUGCCCCUCGUUUCCCCUCUUUGUACGUUCACCCUCUUCCCUCCCUGCCCCUCCCUUCCUCCCCCCCUGCCCUUUGCUUUCCCCUCCCCCUGCCCGUUGCUGCCCCUCCCCUUGCCCCCUCAACUCCCCUGCCCCCCGUACACCCCACUCCCGUCCAACCGCCCCCACCCUCCCCCGGCUGCCCGUUUCCGCUCUCCACCCCCGCGACCGUGUGCGGCUUCCAACCGCCCAACGGUGUCACACCCCCUGCCCCCUCAUGCCAUCCGCUCCCCCCGCCCCUACCCUCCGCGUGCCCGCUCCCUCGCCGCCUCUUUUGACCCUCCCUGCCCCCCUCGCCGUUACCCACCGCUCGCCAUUCGCUCCUCCCCGCCCGUGCCCUCCCCUCGUUUACCUUCGCCUCCCCCCUCCCCUCCUCUGCUGCACGCCUCUUCCUUCCCCUCGCUAACCCACUCCACUCCCUGCCCCUCCUCAAUCCGCACCCUGCCCCUCGUUUCUCGCCCCCCUAUGCUUGGUUUCUCCCCCCCUGCCCUUUGCUUUCCCCUCGUUACGCUCCCUUCUCCCCAUCCCUGCUGCCCUCUUACCACCAUCAGCCCGUCCCCACCACCAGCCCCCCUCCCACCCUUCUCCCCCCCCCCUCUCCCUCUCUCUCUCUCUCUCUCUAUCUCUCUCACUCUCUCUCUCUCUCUCUCUCUUUCUCUCGCACACACACACACACACACACUCCCCUCCCCCACCCCCCACCCACAUCCUCCCGUUCUGCCCCUCCCUGCCCCUGUUCCACCCCCUCGCACGCCCCUCACCUCUCACCUCCGUUCAACUGGAUUCCCCCCCUCUGGUGCAUCCCUUGCAUCGCUCGCCCCUCUGCUCACCCUCUGCCCGCCCCUUUUCCUUGCCCUCAGCUGGCCCAGCCCCUGCCCGUUGCUGCCCCUCCCCUUGCCCCCUCAACUCCCCUGCCCCCCGUACACCCCACUCCCGUCCAACCGCCCCCACCCUCCCCCGGCUGCCCGUUUCCGCUCUCCACCCCCGCGACCGUGUGCGGCUUCCAACCGCCCAACGGUGUCACACCCCCUGCCCCCUCAUGCCAUCCGCUCCCCCCGCCCCUACCCUCCGCGUGCCCGCUCCCUCGCCGCCUCUUUUGACCCUCCCUGCCCCCCUCGCCGUUACCCACCGCUCGCCAUUCGCUCCUCCCCGCCCGUGCCCUCCCCUCGUUUACCUUCGCCUCCCCCCUCCCCUCCUCUGCUGCACGCCUCUUCCUUCCCCUCGCUAACCCACUCCACUCCCUGCCCCUCCUCAAUCCGCACCCUGCCCCUCGUUUCUCGCCCCCCUACGCUUGGUUUCUCCCCUCCCUGCCCCUCGCCGCCUUUCUCCGCUCCCCACCUCCCCCCUCUCCCUGCCCCCCCACUCUCCUCCACUUGCCCUUGGCUUCCCACCUCCCUGCCCCACCUUUCCCCCCUCCGUGUGCUCAGCUUCUCCCCUCCCUGCCUCUCCCUCCUCCCCGCCCUGCCCCUCAUUUUCCGCCCCCCCACGCCCGGUUUCUCCCCUCCCUGCACCUCCCUUUCUUUCUCCGUGCCUCUCCUUUGCUCCCUCCCUGCCCCCGCCUGCCCAUGCCCCUGUCUUUGGUUUCUCCCCUCCCUGCCCCACGUUUCUUCCCUCCCUGAGAUCACCUUGUACCCCCUCUGCCCCUCCCUUGUUCUCCCCGCACCCAUUGCUUCUCCCCUCCCUGCCCUUGAUUUCCCGCACCCCUGCCCUUGUUUCCUACCAUCCAUGCCCCUCGUUUCCCCUCUUUGUACGUUCACCCUCUUCCCUCCCUGCCCCUCCCUUCCUCCCCCCCUGCCCUUUGCUUUCCCCUCGUUACGCUCCCUUCUCCCCAUCCCUGCUGCCCUCUUACCACCAUCAGCCCGUCCCCACCACCAGCCCCCCUCCCACCCUUCUCCCCCCCCCCCUCUCCCUCUCUCUCUCCUCUCUCUCUCUCUCUUUCUCUCGCACACACACACACACACACACUCCCCUCCCCCACCCCCCACCCACAUCCUCCCGUUCUGCCCCUCCCUGCCCCUGUUCCACCCCCUCGCACGCCCCUCACCUCUCACCUCCGUUCAACUGGAUUCCCCCCCUCUGGUGCAUCCCUUGCAUCGCUCGCCCCUCUGCUCACCCUCUGCCCGCCCCUUUUCCUUGCCCUCAGCUGGCCCAGCCCCUGCCCGUUGCUGCCCCUCCCCUUGCCCCCUCAACUCCCCUGCCCCCCGUACACCCCACUCCCGUCCAACCGCCCCCACCCUCCCCCGGCUGCCCGUUUCCGCUCUCCACCCCCGCGACCGUUCACACCCCCUGCCCCCUCAUGCCAUCCGCUCCCCCCGCCCCUACCCUCCGCGUGCCCGCUCCCUCGCCGCCUCUUUUGACCCUCCCUGCCCCCCUCGCCGUUACCCACCGCUCGCCAUUCGCUCCUCCCCGCCCGUGCCCUCCCCUCGUUUACCUUCGCCUCCCCCCUCCCCUCCUCUGCUGCACGCCUCUUCCUUCCCCUCGCUAACCCACUCCACUCCCUGCCCCUCCUCAAUCCGCACCCUGCCCCUCGUUUCUCGCCCCCCUACGCUUGGUUUCUCCCCUCCCUGCCCCUCGCCGCCUUUCUCCGCUCCCCACCUCCCCCCUCUCCCUGCCCCCCCACUCUCCUCCACUUGCCCUUGGCUUCCCACCUCCCUGCCCCACCUUUCCCCCCUCCGUGUGCUCAGCUUCUCCCCUCCCUGCCUCUCCCUCCUCCCCGCCCUGCCCCUCAUUUUCCGCCCCCCCACGCCCGGUUUCUCCCCUCCCUGCACCUCCCUUUCUUUCUCCGUGCCUCUCCUUUGCUCCCUCCCUGCCCCCGCCUGCCCAUGCCCCUGUCUUUGGUUUCUCCCCUCCCUGCCCCACGUUUCUUCCCUCCCUGAGAUCACCUUGUACCCCCUCUGCCCCUCCCUUGUUCUCCCCGCACCCAUUGCUUCUCCCCUCCCUGCCCUUGAUUUCCCGCACCCCUGCCCUUGUUUCCUACCAUCCAUGCCCCUCGUUUCCCCUCUUUGUACGUUCACCCUCUUCCCUCCCUGCCCCUCCCUUCCUCCCCCCCUGCCCUUUGCUUUCCCCUCCCCCUGCCCGUUGCUGCCCCUCCCCUUGCCCCCUCAACUCCCCUGCCCCCCGUACACCCCACUCCCGUCCAACCGCCCCCACCCUCCCCCGGCUGCCCGUUUCCGCUCUCCACCCCCGCGACCGUGUGCGGCUUCCAACCGCCCAACGGUGUCACACCCCCUGCCCCCUCAUGCCAUCCGCUCCCCCCGCCCCUACCCUCCGCGUGCCCGCUCCCUCGCCGCCUCUUUUGACCCUCCCUGCCCCCCUCGCCGUUACCCACCGCUCGCCAUUCGCUCCUCCCCGCCCGUGCCCUCCCCUCGUUUACCUUCGCCUCCCCCCUCCCCUCCUCUGCUGCACGCCUCUUCCUUCCCCUCGCUAACCCACUCCACUCCCUGCCCCUCCUCAAUCCGCACCCUGCCCCUCGUUUCUCGCCCCCCUACGCUUGGUUUCUCCCCUCCCUGCCCCUCGCCGCCUUUCUCCGCUCCCCACCUCCCCCCUCUCCCUGCCCCCCCACUCUCCUCCACUUGCCCUUGGCUUCCCACCUCCCUGCCCCACCUUUCCCCCCUCCGUGUGCUCAGCUUCUCCCCUCCCUGCCUCUCCCUCCUCCCCGCCCUGCCCCUCAUUUUCCGCCCCCCCACGCCCGGUUUCUCCCCUCCCUGCACCUCCCUUUCUUUCUCCGUGCCUCUCCUUUGCUCCCUCCCUGCCCCCGCCUGCCCAUGCCCCUGUCUUUGGUUUCUCCCCUCCCUGCCCCACGUUUCUUCCCUCCCUGAGAUCACCUUGUACCCCCUCUGCCCCUCCCUUGUUCUCCCCGCACCCAUUGCUUCUCCCCUCCCUGCCCUUGAUUUCCCGCACCCCUGCCCUUGUUUCCUACCAUCCAUGCCCCUCGUUUCCCCUCUUUGUACGUUCACCCUCUUCCCUCCCUGCCCCUCCCUUCCUCCCCCCCUGCCCUUUGCUUUCCCCUCGUUACGCUCCCUUCUCCCCAUCCCUGCUGCCCUCUUACCACCAUCAGCCCGUCCCCACCACCAGCCCCCCUCCCACCCUUCUCCCCCCCCCCCUCUCCCUCUCUCUCUCUCUCUCUCUCUCUUUCUCUCGCACACACACACACACACACACUCCCCUCCCCCACCCCCCACCCACAUCCUCCCGUUCUGCCCCUCCCUGCCCCUGUUCCACCCCCUCGCACGCCCCUCACCUCUCACCUCCGUUCAACUGGAUUCCCCCCCUCUGGUGCAUCCCUUGCAUCGCUCGCCCCUCUGCUCACCCUCUGCCCGCCCCUUUUCCUUGCCCUCAGCUGGCCCAGCCCCUGCCCGUUGCUGCCCCUCCCCUUGCCCCCUCAACUCCCCUGCCCCCCGUACACCCCACUCCCGUCCAACCGCCCCCACCCUCCCCCGGCUGCCCGUUUCCGCUCUCCACCCCCGCGACCGUUCACACCCCCUGCCCCCUCAUGCCAUCCGCUCCCCCCGCCCCUACCCUCCGCGUGCCCGCUCCCUCGCCGCCUCUUUUGACCCUCCCUGCCCCCCUCGCCGUUACCCACCGCUCGCCAUUCGCUCCUCCCCGCCCGUGCCCUCCCCUCGUUUACCUUCGCCUCCCCCCUCCCCUCCUCUGCUGCACGCCUCUUCCUUCCCCUCGCUAACCCACUCCACUCCCUGCCCCUCCUCAAUCCGCACCCUGCCCCUCGUUUCUCGCCCCCCUACGCUUGGUUUCUCCCCUCCCUGCCCCUCGCCGCCUUUCUCCGCUCCCCACCUCCCCCCUCUCCCUGCCCCCCCACUCUCCUCCACUUGCCCUUGGCUUCCCACCUCCCUGCCCCACCUUUCCCCCCUCCGUGUGCUCAGCUUCUCCCCUCCCUGCCUCUCCCUCCUCCCCGCCCUGCCCCUCAUUUUCCGCCCCCCCACGCCCGGUUUCUCCCCUCCCUGCACCUCCCUUUCUUUCUCCGUGCCUCUCCUUUGCUCCCUCCCUGCCCCCGCCUGCCCAUGCCCCUGUCUUUGGUUUCUCCCCUCCCUGCCCCACGUUUCUUCCCUCCCUGAGAUCACCUUGUACCCCCUCUGCCCCUCCCUUGUUCUCCCCGCACCCAUUGCUUCUCCCCUCCCUGCCCUUGAUUUCCCGCACCCCUGCCCUUGUUUCCUACCAUCCAUGCCCCUCGUUUCCCCUCUUUGUACGUUCACCCUCUUCCCUCCCUGCCCCUCCCUUCCUCCCCCCCUGCCCUUUGCUUUCCCCUCGUUACGCUCCCUUCUCCCCAUCCCUGCUGCCCUCUUACCACCAUCAGCCCGUCCCCACCACCAGCCCCCCUCCCACCCUUCUCCCCCCCCCCCUCUCCCUCUCUCUCUCUCUCUCUCUCUCUUUCUCUCGCACACACACACACACACACACUCCCCUCCCCCACCCCCCACCCACAUCCUCCCGUUCUGCCCCUCCCUGCCCCUGUUCCACCCCCUCGCACGCCCCUCACCUCUCACCUCCGUUCAACUGGAUUCCCCCCCUCUGGUGCAUCCCUUGCAUCGCUCGCCCCUCUGCUCACCCUCUGCCCGCCCCUUUUCCUUGCCCUCAGCUGGCCCAGCCCCUGCCCGUUGCUGCCCCUCCCCUUGCCCCCUCAACUCCCCUGCCCCCCGUACACCCCACUCCCGUCCAACCGCCCCCACCCUCCCCCGGCUGCCCGUUUCCGCUCUCCACCCCCGCGACCGUUCACACCCCCUGCCCCCUCAUGCCAUCCGCUCCCCCCGCCCCUACCCUCCGCGUGCCCGCUCCCUCGCCGCCUCUUUUGACCCUCCCUGCCCCCCUCGCCGUUACCCACCGCUCGCCAUUCGCUCCUCCCCGCCCGUGCCCUCCCCUCGUUUACCUUCGCCUCCCCCCUCCCCUCCUCUGCUGCACGCCUCUUCCUUCCCCUCGCUAACCCACUCCACUCCCUGCCCCUCCUCAAUCCGCACCCUGCCCCUCGUUUCUCGCCCCCCUACGCUUGGUUUCUCCCCUCCCUGCCCCUCGCCGCCUUUCUCCGCUCCCCACCUCCCCCCUCUCCCUGCCCCCCCACUCUCCUCCACUUGCCCUUGGCUUCCCACCUCCCUGCCCCACCUUUCCCCCCUCCGUGUGCUCAGCUUCUCCCCUCCCUGCCUCUCCCUCCUCCCCGCCCUGCCCCUCAUUUUCCGCCCCCCCACGCCCGGUUUCUCCCCUCCCUGCACCUCCCUUUCUUUCUCCGUGCCUCUCCUUUGCUCCCUCCCUGCCCCCGCCUGCCCAUGCCCCUGUCUUUGGUUUCUCCCCUCCCUGCCCCACGUUUCUUCCCUCCCUGAGAUCACCUUGUACCCCCUCUGCCCCUCCCUUGUUCUCCCCGCACCCAUUGCUUCUCCCCUCCCUGCCCUUGAUUUCCCGCACCCCUGCCCUUGUUUCCUACCAUCCAUGCCCCUCGUUUCCCCUCUUUGUACGUUCACCCUCUUCCCUCCCUGCCCCUCCCUUCCUCCCCCCCUGCCCUUUGCUUUCCCCUCCCCCUGCCCGUUGCUGCCCCUCCCCUUGCCCCCUCAACUCCCCUGCCCCCCGUACACCCCACUCCCGUCCAACCGCCCCCACCCUCCCCCGGCUGCCCGUUUCCGCUCUCCACCCCCGCGACCGUGUGCGGCUUCCAACCGCCCAACGGUGUCACACCCCCUGCCCCCUCAUGCCAUCCGCUCCCCCCGCCCCUACCCUCCGCGUGCCCGCUCCCUCGCCGCCUCUUUUGACCCUCCCUGCCCCCCUCGCCGUUACCCACCGCUCGCCAUUCGCUCCUCCCCGCCCGUGCCCUCCCCUCGUUUACCUUCGCCUCCCCCCUCCCCUCCUCUGCUGCACGCCUCUUCCUUCCCCUCGCUAACCCACUCCACUCCCUGCCCCUCCUCAAUCCGCACCCUGCCCCUCGUUUCUCGCCCCCCUACGCUUGGUUUCUCCCCUCCCUGCCCCUCGCCGCCUUUCUCCGCUCCCCACCUCCCCCCUCUCCCUGCCCCCCCACUCUCCUCCACUUGCCCUUGGCUUCCCACCUCCCUGCCCCACCUUUCCCCCCUCCGUGUGCUCAGCUUCUCCCCUCCCUGCCUCUCCCUCCUCCCCGCCCUGCCCCUCAUUUUCCGCCCCCCCACGCCCGGUUUCUCCCCUCCCUGCACCUCCCUUUCUUUCUCCGUGCCUCUCCUUUGCUCCCUCCCUGCCCCCGCCUGCCCAUGCCCCUGUCUUUGGUUUCUCCCCUCCCUGCCCCACGUUUCUUCCCUCCCUGAGAUCACCUUGUACCCCCUCUGCCCCUCCCUUGUUCUCCCCGCACCCAUUGCUUCUCCCCUCCCUGCCCUUGAUUUCCCGCACCCCUGCCCUUGUUUCCUACCAUCCAUGCCCCUCGUUUCCCCUCUUUGUACGUUCACCCUCUUCCCUCCCUGCCCCUCCCUUCCUCCCCCCCUGCCCUUUGCUUUCCCCUCGUUACGCUCCCUUCUCCCCAUCCCUGCUGCCCUCUUACCACCAUCAGCCCGUCCCCACCACCAGCCCCCCUCCCACCCUUCUCCCCCCCCCCCUCUCCCUCUCUCUCUCUCUCUCUCUCUCUUUCUCUCGCACACACACACACACACACACUCCCCUCCCCCACCCCCCACCCACAUCCUCCCGUUCUGCCCCUCCCUGCCCCUGUUCCACCCCCUCGCACGCCCCUCACCUCUCACCUCCGUUCAACUGGAUUCCCCCCCUCUGGUGCAUCCCUUGCAUCGCUCGCCCCUCUGCUCACCCUCUGCCCGCCCCUUUUCCUUGCCCUCAGCUGGCCCAGCCCCUGCCCGUUGCUGCCCCUCCCCUUGCCCCCUCAACUCCCCUGCCCCCCGUACACCCCACUCCCGUCCAACCGCCCCCACCCUCCCCCGGCUGCCCGUUUCCGCUCUCCACCCCCGCGACCGUUCACACCCCCUGCCCCCUCAUGCCAUCCGCUCCCCCCGCCCCUACCCUCCGCGUGCCCGCUCCCUCGCCGCCUCUUUUGACCCUCCCUGCCCCCCUCGCCGUUACCCACCGCUCGCCAUUCGCUCCUCCCCGCCCGUGCCCUCCCCUCGUUUACCUUCGCCUCCCCCCUCCCCUCCUCUGCUGCACGCCUCUUCCUUCCCCUCGCUAACCCACUCCACUCCCUGCCCCUCCUCAAUCCGCACCCUGCCCCUCGUUUCUCGCCCCCCUAUGCUUGGUUUCUCCCCCCCUGCCCUUUGCUUUCCCCUCGUUACGCUCCCUUCUCCCCAUCCCUGCUGCCCUCUUACCACCAUCAGCCCCCCCUGCCCGUUGCUGCCCCUCCCCUUGCCCCCUCAACUCCCCUGCCCCCCGUACACCCCACUCCCGUCCAACCGCCCCCACCCUCCCCCGGCUGCCCGUUUCCGCUCUCCACCCCCGCGACCGUGUGCGGCUUCCAACCGCCCAACGGUGUCACACCCCCUGCCCCCUCAUGCCAUCCGCUCCCCCCGCCCCUACCCUCCGCGUGCCCGCUCCCUCGCCGCCUCUUUUGACCCUCCCUGCCCCCCUCGCCGUUACCCACCGCUCGCCAUUCGCUCCUCCCCGCCCGUGCCCUCCCCUCGUUUACCUUCGCCUCCCCCCUCCCCUCCUCUGCUGCACGCCUCUUCCUUCCCCUCGCUAACCCACUCCACUCCCUGCCCCUCCUCAAUCCGCACCCUGCCCCUCGUUUCUCGCCCCCCUACGCUUGGUUUCUCCCCUCCCUGCCCCUCGCCGCCUUUCUCCGCUCCCCACCUCCCCCCUCUCCCUGCCCCCCCACUCUCCUCCACUUGCCCUUGGCUUCCCACCUCCCUGCCCCACCUUUCCCCCCUCCGUGUGCUCAGCUUCUCCCCUCCCUGCCUCUCCCUCCUCCCCGCCCUGCCCCUCAUUUUCCGCCCCCCCACGCCCGGUUUCUCCCCUCCCUGCACCUCCCUUUCUUUCUCCGUGCCUCUCCUUUGCUCCCUCCCUGCCCCCGCCUGCCCAUGCCCCUGUCUUUGGUUUCUCCCCUCCCUGCCCCACGUUUCUUCCCUCCCUGAGAUCACCUUGUACCCCCUCUGCCCCUCCCUUGUUCUCCCCGCACCCAUUGCUUCUCCCCUCCCUGCCCUUGAUUUCCCGCACCCCUGCCCUUGUUUCCUACCAUCCAUGCCCCUCGUUUCCCCUCUUUGUACGUUCACCCUCUUCCCUCCCUGCCCCUCCCUUCCUCCCCCCCUGCCCUUUGCUUUCCCCUCGUUACGCUCCCUUCUCCCCAUCCCUGCUGCCCUCUUACCACCAUCAGCCCGUCCCCACCACCAGCCCCCCUCCCACCCUUCUCCCCCCCCCCCUCUCCCUCUCUCUCUCUCUCUCUCUCUCUUUCUCUCGCACACACACACACACACACACUCCCCUCCCCCACCCCCCACCCACAUCCUCCCGUUCUGCCCCUCCCUGCCCCUGUUCCACCCCCUCGCACGCCCCUCACCUCUCACCUCCGUUCAACUGGAUUCCCCCCCUCUGGUGCAUCCCUUGCAUCGCUCGCCCCUCUGCUCACCCUCUGCCCGCCCCUUUUCCUUGCCCUCAGCUGGCCCAGCCCCUGCCCGUUGCUGCCCCUCCCCUUGCCCCCUCAACUCCCCUGCCCCCCGUACACCCCACUCCCGUCCAACCGCCCCCACCCUCCCCCGGCUGCCCGUUUCCGCUCUCCACCCCCGCGACCGUUCACACCCCCUGCCCCCUCAUGCCAUCCGCUCCCCCCGCCCCUACCCUCCGCGUGCCCGCUCCCUCGCCGCCUCUUUUGACCCUCCCUGCCCCCCUCGCCGUUACCCACCGCUCGCCAUUCGCUCCUCCCCGCCCGUGCCCUCCCCUCGUUUACCUUCGCCUCCCCCCUCCCCUCCUCUGCUGCACGCCUCUUCCUUCCCCUCGCUAACCCACUCCACUCCCUGCCCCUCCUCAAUCCGCACCCUGCCCCUCGUUUCUCGCCCCCCUACGCUUGGUUUCUCCCCUCCCUGCCCCUCGCCGCCUUUCUCCGCUCCCCACCUCCCCCCUCUCCCUGCCCCCCCACUCUCCUCCACUUGCCCUUGGCUUCCCACCUCCCUGCCCCACCUUUCCCCCCUCCGUGUGCUCAGCUUCUCCCCUCCCUGCCUCUCCCUCCUCCCCGCCCUGCCCCUCAUUUUCCGCCCCCCCACGCCCGGUUUCUCCCCUCCCUGCACCUCCCUUUCUUUCUCCGUGCCUCUCCUUUGCUCCCUCCCUGCCCCCGCCUGCCCAUGCCCCUGUCUUUGGUUUCUCCCCUCCCUGCCCCACGUUUCUUCCCUCCCUGAGAUCACCUUGUACCCCCUCUGCCCCUCCCUUGUUCUCCCCGCACCCAUUGCUUCUCCCCUCCCUGCCCUUGAUUUCCCGCACCCCUGCCCUUGUUUCCUACCAUCCAUGCCCCUCGUUUCCCCUCUUUGUACGUUCACCCUCUUCCCUCCCUGCCCCUCCCUUCCUCCCCCCCUGCCCUUUGCUUUCCCCUCGUUACGCUCCCUUCUCCCCAUCCCUGCUGCCCUCUUACCACCAUCAGCCCGUCCCCACCACCAGCCCCCCUCCCACCCUUCUCCCCCCCCCCCUCUCCCUCUCUCUCUCUCUCUCUCUCUCUUUCUCUCGCACACACACACACACACACACUCCCCUCCCCCACCCCCCACCCACAUCCUCCCGUUCUGCCCCUCCCUGCCCCUGUUCCACCCCCUCGCACGCCCCUCACCUCUCACCUCCGUUCAACUGGAUUCCCCCCCUCUGGUGCAUCCCUUGCAUCGCUCGCCCCUCUGCUCACCCUCUGCCCGCCCCUUUUCCUUGCCCUCAGCUGGCCCAGCCCCUGCCCGUUGCUGCCCCUCCCCUUGCCCCCUCAACUCCCCUGCCCCCCGUACACCCCACUCCCGUCCAACCGCCCCCACCCUCCCCCGGCUGCCCGUUUCCGCUCUCCACCCCCGCGACCGUUCACACCCCCUGCCCCCUCAUGCCAUCCGCUCCCCCCGCCCCUACCCUCCGCGUGCCCGCUCCCUCGCCGCCUCUUUUGACCCUCCCUGCCCCCCUCGCCGUUACCCACCGCUCGCCAUUCGCUCCUCCCCGCCCGUGCCCUCCCCUCGUUUACCUUCGCCUCCCCCCUCCCCUCCUCUGCUGCACGCCUCUUCCUUCCCCUCGCUAACCCACUCCACUCCCUGCCCCUCCUCAAUCCGCACCCUGCCCCUCGUUUCUCGCCCCCCUACGCUUGGUUUCUCCCCUCCCUGCCCCUCGCCGCCUUUCUCCGCUCCCCACCUCCCCCCUCUCCCUGCCCCCCCACUCUCCUCCACUUGCCCUUGGCUUCCCACCUCCCUGCCCCACCUUUCCCCCCUCCGUGUGCUCAGCUUCUCCCCUCCCUGCCUCUCCCUCCUCCCCGCCCUGCCCCUCAUUUUCCGCCCCCCCACGCCCGGUUUCUCCCCUCCCUGCACCUCCCUUUCUUUCUCCGUGCCUCUCCUUUGCUCCCUCCCUGCCCCCGCCUGCCCAUGCCCCUGUCUUUGGUUUCUCCCCUCCCUGCCCCACGUUUCUUCCCUCCCUGAGAUCACCUUGUACCCCCUCUGCCCCUCCCUUGUUCUCCCCGCACCCAUUGCUUCUCCCCUCCCUGCCCUUGAUUUCCCGCACCCCUGCCCUUGUUUCCUACCAUCCAUGCCCCUCGUUUCCCCUCUUUGUACGUUCACCCUCUUCCCUCCCUGCCCCUCCCUUCCUCCCCCCCUGCCCUUUGCUUUCCCCUCCCCCUGCCCGUUGCUGCCCCUCCCCUUGCCCCCUCAACUCCCCUGCCCCCCGUACACCCCACUCCCGUCCAACCGCCCCCACCCUCCCCCGGCUGCCCGUUUCCGCUCUCCACCCCCGCGACCGUGUGCGGCUUCCAACCGCCCAACGGUGUCACACCCCCUGCCCCCUCAUGCCAUCCGCUCCCCCCGCCCCUACCCUCCGCGUGCCCGCUCCCUCGCCGCCUCUUUUGACCCUCCCUGCCCCCCUCGCCGUUACCCACCGCUCGCCAUUCGCUCCUCCCCGCCCGUGCCCUCCCCUCGUUUACCUUCGCCUCCCCCCUCCCCUCCUCUGCUGCACGCCUCUUCCUUCCCCUCGCUAACCCACUCCACUCCCUGCCCCUCCUCAAUCCGCACCCUGCCCCUCGUUUCUCGCCCCCCUACGCUUGGUUUCUCCCCUCCCUGCCCCUCGCCGCCUUUCUCCGCUCCCCACCUCCCCCCUCUCCCUGCCCCCCCACUCUCCUCCACUUGCCCUUGGCUUCCCACCUCCCUGCCCCACCUUUCCCCCCUCCGUGUGCUCAGCUUCUCCCCUCCCUGCCUCUCCCUCCUCCCCGCCCUGCCCCUCAUUUUCCGCCCCCCCACGCCCGGUUUCUCCCCUCCCUGCACCUCCCUUUCUUUCUCCGUGCCUCUCCUUUGCUCCCUCCCUGCCCCCGCCUGCCCAUGCCCCUGUCUUUGGUUUCUCCCCUCCCUGCCCCACGUUUCUUCCCUCCCUGAGAUCACCUUGUACCCCCUCUGCCCCUCCCUUGUUCUCCCCGCACCCAUUGCUUCUCCCCUCCCUGCCCUUGAUUUCCCGCACCCCUGCCCUUGUUUCCUACCAUCCAUGCCCCUCGUUUCCCCUCUUUGUACGUUCACCCUCUUCCCUCCCUGCCCCUCCCUUCCUCCCCCCCUGCCCUUUGCUUUCCCCUCGUUACGCUCCCUUCUCCCCAUCCCUGCUGCCCUCUUACCACCAUCAGCCCGUCCCCACCACCAGCCCCCCUCCCACCCUUCUCCCCCCCCCCCUCUCCCUCUCUCUCUCUCUCUCUCUCUCUUUCUCUCGCACACACACACACACACACACUCCCCUCCCCCACCCCCCACCCACAUCCUCCCGUUCUGCCCCUCCCUGCCCCUGUUCCACCCCCUCGCACGCCCCUCACCUCUCACCUCCGUUCAACUGGAUUCCCCCCCUCUGGUGCAUCCCUUGCAUCGCUCGCCCCUCUGCUCACCCUCUGCCCGCCCCUUUUCCUUGCCCUCAGCUGGCCCAGCCCCUGCCCGUUGCUGCCCCUCCCCUUGCCCCCUCAACUCCCCUGCCCCCCGUACACCCCACUCCCGUCCAACCGCCCCCACCCUCCCCCGGCUGCCCGUUUCCGCUCUCCACCCCCGCGACCGUUCACACCCCCUGCCCCCUCAUGCCAUCCGCUCCCCCCGCCCCUACCCUCCGCGUGCCCGCUCCCUCGCCGCCUCUUUUGACCCUCCCUGCCCCCCUCGCCGUUACCCACCGCUCGCCAUUCGCUCCUCCCCGCCCGUGCCCUCCCCUCGUUUACCUUCGCCUCCCCCCUCCCCUCCUCUGCUGCACGCCUCUUCCUUCCCCUCGCUAACCCACUCCACUCCCUGCCCCUCCUCAAUCCGCACCCUGCCCCUCGUUUCUCGCCCCCCUAUGCUUGGUUUCUCCCCCCCUGCCCUUUGCUUUCCCCUCGUUACGCUCCCUUCUCCCCAUCCCUGCUGCCCUCUUACCACCAUCAGCCCGUCCCCACCACCAGCCCCCCUCCCACCCUUCUCCCCCCCCCCUCUCCCUCUCUCUCUCUCUCUCUAUCUCUCUCACUCUCUCUCUCUCUCUCUCUCUUCUCUCGCACACACACACACACACACACUCCCCUCCCCCACCCCCCACCCACAUCCUCCCGUUCUGCCCCUCCCUGCCCCUGUUCCACCCCCUCGCACGCCCCUCACCUCUCACCUCCGUUCAACUGGAUUCCCCCCCUCUGGUGCAUCCCUUGCAUCGCUCGCCCCUCUGCUCACCCUCUGCCCGCCCCUUUUCCUUGCCCUCAGCUGGCCCAGCCCCUGCCCGUUGCUGCCCCUCCCCUUGCCCCCUCAACUCCCCUGCCCCCCGUACACCCCACUCCCGUCCAACCGCCCCCACCCUCCCCCGGCUGCCCGUUUCCGCUCUCCACCCCCGCGACCGUGUGCGGCUUCCAACCGCCCAACGGUGUCACACCCCCUGCCCCCUCAUGCCAUCCGCUCCCCCCGCCCCUACCCUCCGCGUGCCCGCUCCCUCGCCGCCUCUUUUGACCCUCCCUGCCCCCCUCGCCGUUACCCACCGCUCGCCAUUCGCUCCUCCCCGCCCGUGCCCUCCCCUCGUUUACCUUCGCCUCCCCCCUCCCCUCCUCUGCUGCACGCCUCUUCCUUCCCCUCGCUAACCCACUCCACUCCCUGCCCCUCCUCAAUCCGCACCCUGCCCCUCGUUUCUCGCCCCCCUAUGCUUGGUUUCUCCCCCCCUGCCCUUUGCUUUCCCCUCGUUACGCUCCCUUCUCCCCAUCCCUGCUGCCCUCUUACCACCAUCAGCCCCCCCUGCCCGUUGCUGCCCCUCCCCUUGCCCCCUCAACUCCCCUGCCCCCCGUACACCCCACUCCCGUCCAACCGCCCCCACCCUCCCCCGGCUGCCCGUUUCCGCUCUCCACCCCCGCGACCGUGUGCGGCUUCCAACCGCCCAACGGUGUCACACCCCCUGCCCCCUCAUGCCAUCCGCUCCCCCCGCCCCUACCCUCCGCGUGCCCGCUCCCUCGCCGCCUCUUUUGACCCUCCCUGCCCCCCUCGCCGUUACCCACCGCUCGCCAUUCGCUCCUCCCCGCCCGUGCCCUCCCCUCGUUUACCUUCGCCUCCCCCCUCCCCUCCUCUGCUGCACGCCUCUUCCUUCCCCUCGCUAACCCACUCCACUCCCUGCCCCUCCUCAAUCCGCACCCUGCCCCUCGUUUCUCGCCCCCCUACGCUUGGUUUCUCCCCUCCCUGCCCCUCGCCGCCUUUCUCCGCUCCCCACCUCCCCCCUCUCCCUGCCCCCCCACUCUCCUCCACUUGCCCUUGGCUUCCCACCUCCCUGCCCCACCUUUCCCCCCUCCGUGUGCUCAGCUUCUCCCCUCCCUGCCUCUCCCUCCUCCCCGCCCUGCCCCUCAUUUUCCGCCCCCCCACGCCCGGUUUCUCCCCUCCCUGCACCUCCCUUUCUUUCUCCGUGCCUCUCCUUUGCUCCCUCCCUGCCCCCGCCUGCCCAUGCCCCUGUCUUUGGUUUCUCCCCUCCCUGCCCCACGUUUCUUCCCUCCCUGAGAUCACCUUGUACCCCCUCUGCCCCUCCCUUGUUCUCCCCGCACCCAUUGCUUCUCCCCUCCCUGCCCUUGAUUUCCCGCACCCCUGCCCUUGUUUCCUACCAUCCAUGCCCCUCGUUUCCCCUCUUUGUACGUUCACCCUCUUCCCUCCCUGCCCCUCCCUUCCUCCCCCCCUGCCCUUUGCUUUCCCCUCGUUACGCUCCCUUCUCCCCAUCCCUGCUGCCCUCUUACCACCAUCAGCCCGUCCCCACCACCAGCCCCCCUCCCACCCUUCUCCCCCCCCCCCUCUCCCUCUCUCUCUCUCUCUCUCUCUCUUUCUCUCGCACACACACACACACACACACUCCCCUCCCCCACCCCCCACCCACAUCCUCCCGUUCUGCCCCUCCCUGCCCCUGUUCCACCCCCUCGCACGCCCCUCACCUCUCACCUCCGUUCAACUGGAUUCCCCCCCUCUGGUGCAUCCCUUGCAUCGCUCGCCCCUCUGCUCACCCUCUGCCCGCCCCUUUUCCUUGCCCUCAGCUGGCCCAGCCCCUGCCCGUUGCUGCCCCUCCCCUUGCCCCCUCAACUCCCCUGCCCCCCGUACACCCCACUCCCGUCCAACCGCCCCCACCCUCCCCCGGCUGCCCGUUUCCGCUCUCCACCCCCGCGACCGUUCACACCCCCUGCCCCCUCAUGCCAUCCGCUCCCCCCGCCCCUACCCUCCGCGUGCCCGCUCCCUCGCCGCCUCUUUUGACCCUCCCUGCCCCCCUCGCCGUUACCCACCGCUCGCCAUUCGCUCCUCCCCGCCCGUGCCCUCCCCUCGUUUACCUUCGCCUCCCCCCUCCCCUCCUCUGCUGCACGCCUCUUCCUUCCCCUCGCUAACCCACUCCACUCCCUGCCCCUCCUCAAUCCGCACCCUGCCCCUCGUUUCUCGCCCCCCUACGCUUGGUUUCUCCCCUCCCUGCCCCUCGCCGCCUUUCUCCGCUCCCCACCUCCCCCCUCUCCCUGCCCCCCCACUCUCCUCCACUUGCCCUUGGCUUCCCACCUCCCUGCCCCACCUUUCCCCCCUCCGUGUGCUCAGCUUCUCCCCUCCCUGCCUCUCCCUCCUCCCCGCCCUGCCCCUCAUUUUCCGCCCCCCCACGCCCGGUUUCUCCCCUCCCUGCACCUCCCUUUCUUUCUCCGUGCCUCUCCUUUGCUCCCUCCCUGCCCCCGCCUGCCCAUGCCCCUGUCUUUGGUUUCUCCCCUCCCUGCCCCACGUUUCUUCCCUCCCUGAGAUCACCUUGUACCCCCUCUGCCCCUCCCUUGUUCUCCCCGCACCCAUUGCUUCUCCCCUCCCUGCCCUUGAUUUCCCGCACCCCUGCCCUUGUUUCCUACCAUCCAUGCCCCUCGUUUCCCCUCUUUGUACGUUCACCCUCUUCCCUCCCUGCCCCUCCCUUCCUCCCCCCCUGCCCUUUGCUUUCCCCUCGUUACGCUCCCUUCUCCCCAUCCCUGCUGCCCUCUUACCACCAUCAGCCCGUCCCCACCACCAGCCCCCCUCCCACCCUUCUCCCCCCCCCCCUCUCCCUCUCUCUCUCUCUCUCUCUCUCUUUCUCUCGCACACACACACACACACACACUCCCCUCCCCCACCCCCCACCCACAUCCUCCCGUUCUGCCCCUCCCUGCCCCUGUUCCACCCCCUCGCACGCCCCUCACCUCUCACCUCCGUUCAACUGGAUUCCCCCCCUCUGGUGCAUCCCUUGCAUCGCUCGCCCCUCUGCUCACCCUCUGCCCGCCCCUUUUCCUUGCCCUCAGCUGGCCCAGCCCCUGCCCGUUGCUGCCCCUCCCCUUGCCCCCUCAACUCCCCUGCCCCCCGUACACCCCACUCCCGUCCAACCGCCCCCACCCUCCCCCGGCUGCCCGUUUCCGCUCUCCACCCCCGCGACCGUUCACACCCCCUGCCCCCUCAUGCCAUCCGCUCCCCCCGCCCCUACCCUCCGCGUGCCCGCUCCCUCGCCGCCUCUUUUGACCCUCCCUGCCCCCCUCGCCGUUACCCACCGCUCGCCAUUCGCUCCUCCCCGCCCGUGCCCUCCCCUCGUUUACCUUCGCCUCCCCCCUCCCCUCCUCUGCUGCACGCCUCUUCCUUCCCCUCGCUAACCCACUCCACUCCCUGCCCCUCCUCAAUCCGCACCCUGCCCCUCGUUUCUCGCCCCCCUACGCUUGGUUUCUCCCCUCCCUGCCCCUCGCCGCCUUUCUCCGCUCCCCACCUCCCCCCUCUCCCUGCCCCCCCACUCUCCUCCACUUGCCCUUGGCUUCCCACCUCCCUGCCCCACCUUUCCCCCCUCCGUGUGCUCAGCUUCUCCCCUCCCUGCCUCUCCCUCCUCCCCGCCCUGCCCCUCAUUUUCCGCCCCCCCACGCCCGGUUUCUCCCCUCCCUGCACCUCCCUUUCUUUCUCCGUGCCUCUCCUUUGCUCCCUCCCUGCCCCCGCCUGCCCAUGCCCCUGUCUUUGGUUUCUCCCCUCCCUGCCCCACGUUUCUUCCCUCCCUGAGAUCACCUUGUACCCCCUCUGCCCCUCCCUUGUUCUCCCCGCACCCAUUGCUUCUCCCCUCCCUGCCCUUGAUUUCCCGCACCCCUGCCCUUGUUUCCUACCAUCCAUGCCCCUCGUUUCCCCUCUUUGUACGUUCACCCUCUUCCCUCCCUGCCCCUCCCUUCCUCCCCCCCUGCCCUUUGCUUUCCCCUCCCCCUGCCCGUUGCUGCCCCUCCCCUUGCCCCCUCAACUCCCCUGCCCCCCGUACACCCCACUCCCGUCCAACCGCCCCCACCCUCCCCCGGCUGCCCGUUUCCGCUCUCCACCCCCGCGACCGUGUGCGGCUUCCAACCGCCCAACGGUGUCACACCCCCUGCCCCCUCAUGCCAUCCGCUCCCCCCGCCCCUACCCUCCGCGUGCCCGCUCCCUCGCCGCCUCUUUUGACCCUCCCUGCCCCCCUCGCCGUUACCCACCGCUCGCCAUUCGCUCCUCCCCGCCCGUGCCCUCCCCUCGUUUACCUUCGCCUCCCCCCUCCCCUCCUCUGCUGCACGCCUCUUCCUUCCCCUCGCUAACCCACUCCACUCCCUGCCCCUCCUCAAUCCGCACCCUGCCCCUCGUUUCUCGCCCCCCUAUGCUUGGUUUCUCCCCCCCUGCCCUUUGCUUUCCCCUCGUUACGCUCCCUUCUCCCCAUCCCUGCUGCCCUCUUACCACCAUCAGCCCCCCCUGCCCGUUGCUGCCCCUCCCCUUGCCCCCUCAACUCCCCUGCCCCCCGUACACCCCACUCCCGUCCAACCGCCCCCACCCUCCCCCGGCUGCCCGUUUCCGCUCUCCACCCCCGCGACCGUGUGCGGCUUCCAACCGCCCAACGGUGUCACACCCCCUGCCCCCUCAUGCCAUCCGCUCCCCCCGCCCCUACCCUCCGCGUGCCCGCUCCCUCGCCGCCUCUUUUGACCCUCCCUGCCCCCCUCGCCGUUACCCACCGCUCGCCAUUCGCUCCUCCCCGCCCGUGCCCUCCCCUCGUUUACCUUCGCCUCCCCCCUCCCCUCCUCUGCUGCACGCCUCUUCCUUCCCCUCGCUAACCCACUCCACUCCCUGCCCCUCCUCAAUCCGCACCCUGCCCCUCGUUUCUCGCCCCCCUAUGCUUGGUUUCUCCCCCCCUGCCCUUUGCUUUCCCCUCGUUACGCUCCCUUCUCCCCAUCCCUGCUGCCCUCUUACCACCAUCAGCCC